AUGCUCAGGAGAUUACUCAAACAACACCUAAAAAAAGCUCUCAACUCUCUGCCCCACUCAGACAGACUGAGUGAAAGUGCAGUGUGUUCGAGCUGCCUGUUGCGUGACAUGUCUGCGUUUUACCGACUGCUUCUCCUGUUGUCUGUGGUUGUGGCCUCUGUGGCAGCACGCAGGUCCCAGCGGGCCAGGAGAGGGUUACUCGAGCUGGCGGGCGCCAUCAAGUGCAGCACAGGGAGAUCUGCCCUGGCUUACAUGAUGUACGGAUGCUACUGUGGACUGGGCGGUCAGGGCUGGCCCAGGGACCAGGCGGACUGGUGUUGCCACAAGCAUGAUUGCUGUUAUGGAGAUGCAGAGCGUCUGGGCUGCAGUACCAAAACAGACCAGUAUCAGUGGACGUGUGAGGACAAGACAGCUGAGUGCGAUGAUUUGGAGGACAACUGUGAAAAGCUACUGUGCAAGUGUGACAGAAACGCUGCCAAAUGCCUGAGAAAAGCACCUUUCAUCCGAAAGUACGCCUUGUGGCCGGAUUUUAUGUGCGGGUACAAACAACCGAUGUGUAGUAUUUAUUGA